AUGAUACCACACACUGACGCCAUUGCAGCCACAACUUUUCCUCCUGCAACAAAAGAAAAUGGUGAAAGUUGUCUCGACGGGGUCAACGAAAUAACACAAUACCAUCCACAGGGCGAUUCUAGCGAUUCUGUCGAUGGUAGAGUGAUGAAUGUUGACUUCAUAACGCCUGGAAGGCCAAUGGAACUGCUACUGAAACGGAAAAGGACUAGGAUGACGAUCUGUACUUAUAACGCACGUACGCUUGCAUCGGAAGGGGCCAUCGAAGAUCUGAUGAUGCAAGCCAAGAAGAUCAAGUACGACGUCAUCGGACUGACCGAGACGAGACAACGAACAUGCGACAGUAGAGGUGUUGGUGGAGUUGGCGUCCCCGUUAACACGAGUGUGGCAAAGAACAUCGACUCUUUCGAACAAUUUACGACCCGAAUCGGACGUCUGCGGAUGAGAAGAUGUGGUCCAACACCAGCUUUGACUAUCUUCAUCGCUUACGCUCCAACAUCAAGGUGCGAAGAAGAAGAAGUCGAAGCUUUCUAUAUGGACUUGGAAAAGUUCUACCGAGAAGAUCAUGCCUUCUACAAGGUCAUAAUUGGCGAUUUCAACGCCAAAGUUGGCCCAAGAAGAACGUCGGAGGAACUUCACAUCGGGACCCACGGCCUACAAUGGAAUGACCAGGGGGAGAGGCUCUCCGAGUUCAUCAUGACGACUAAGACCAUCCAUGGGAAAACGCAAUUCCAGAAGAUCUCGCUGUUCUCGCUGUUGUACCAAAGUUCUUUACGGAAUCGGACCAUAGCCUCCUCCGAGGAAGAUUUUCCUUCACAAGGAGAGCAGAGAAAGCCGGCAAGUUCAGAGAGAGAAAUCCCAGGACUAUCAUCAACUGGGAUCUCUUCGCUACGCUAG